AGAGGUCUUCGUGUCUUGCAUUGCAUCAGAUCCCUGAAUUAACUAGCGAGCGAGCGAGCAUUGCUCCCGGCCUCUCCCUGCUUGCCUGCCUCCGAUCCAUCCUCUGCCGCCUGCAUCUAUCUAGCUAUCUAUGCCAUUGUUCCCAUUGGACACAUACAUAUACACACCUCUCUCUUCUUCCCGCGCGCGCUCUAGUACAUAUAGCUAGUACUAGUACGACAAGAAGAAGAAGAAGAAGAAGAGAGAAACAAGAAGGCAGGCAAGCAAGCAAUGGCGGCGAUGAGUGGGCUGUCAUCGCUCUGCCUCCUCCUCUUGGUAAGCGGUGUCGCACCGGCGCAGGCGGCGGAGAUGGAGAUUGAGUUGGUGCCGACGACGACGACGACAGAGUGCGCGAACCCGGUGAGCGUGGAGGCGGCGUGCCGCGGCGCGUCGGAGACGCACGCCGGCGUGGCCUACGAGCACUGCGUGGAGUCGCUGGGGGCGGACCCGCGCAGCAAGGAGGCCGGCAACAUGCAGGGCCUGGCCAUGGUGGCCACCAAGAUGGCCAUCGACCACGCCGCCAGCACCGAGGCCAAGAUCGACGACCUGGCGGAGCUGGAGGAGUCGCCGCACGCGCGCGCGCGCUUCAACCACUGCCUGGAGCAGUACGGCGGCGCCGCCGACCUCCUCCGCGACGCGCUGGACAACCUCAAGACGCAGAUCUACGGCAAGGCCAUGGAGCAGCUGUCCGCAGCGCUGGGCGCAUCAGAGAGCUGCGAGGACGCCUGGAAGGGCGAGGAGAGCGUCCCCGUCGCCGCGCACGACAGGGAGUACGGCCGGAUGGCGCACAUCGCGUUCGGCUUCACCCACGCCGCCGCAUGAUAGAUGCGUGGAGGAUGAAGAUGAUGAUCAAGAUGCAUGCAUUACCUAUAUAUCGAUCUUGUUCAAUUCAUCAUCUUGCUAUCUAAUUGAUUCUAGUCUGUUUCUUCUGAUCUUUUUUUUUCCGUGUGCGUGCUGUGCUGUGCUGGUGAUUAAAUAUGCAUGUGUGUUAAUGGUAGGCCGGGUUUCAUCAGAUGAAUCACGGAACAAGGAAUAAUAAAGAAGGCUGCUUAUUGAUGCA